GAGAAAUUUUAUGUGAGAGAGAGAGAGUGAGUGUGUGAAUGUGUGUGUGCAAGAGACGAUGAAAAAGACACACAUCCAAGAACUUUGACGCAAAAUCACACACACCCCACCACCAAAAACCUAAGAAACGACAUCUUAGAAAUCCCAACAGGGAGAGAAAAGAAAACGGAAAAACAAAUGUUAAAAGGAGAAAGAAACCUCCCCCUUCAAGGCUUCAAGCUAAGCUAGCUAAGCUUAUCUGAUAAUCUCUCAUCAUCUCCCUCCUUUGUAUGUGCGAUAGUGUGCGUAUGUCCUCGUGUCUCUAAUCUAGAUCCUUGUUGCCUUGUUGGGUUCAUCGAUCAAUCUUUUUUUGUCAUUCAGCUCUAUAAAAACCCUUAUCUCAAUUUUCUUCUUGGAACCUUAUCUUGUAAAGAAAGUCAAAAUCAAGAGACCACAGCUAAGAUCUCAGCUAGUUGCGGAAAGUAUCUUAAGAAGCGAUCUCAUUAGCUUGCAAUCUAGUUGAACAAGUUUGAGGUGAAGAUCAUGGCAAAUAGGUGGUGGACCGGCCAGGUUGGUUUACCUGGUGUUGAAACAUCUUCAUCAACUGGCUCACCAGUGUUGAAGAAGCCAGAUCUGGGCAUAUCAAUGAACGACAACAGCGGAAGCGGUGGCGGCAGUGGUGGAAGAGAUGAUGAAGACGAAAGAGAAAACAGCACUGAUGAGCCUAAAGAGGGUGCAGUUGAGGUAGCUACUCGGAGGCCUAGAGGAAGACCUCCUGGUUCCAAGAAUAAGCCAAAACCGCCUAUCUUUGUCACUAGAGAUAGCCCUAAUGCUCUCAGAAGCCAUGUCAUGGAGGUUGCAAAUGGUUCUGACAUAGCUGAAAGCAUAGCCCAGUUUGCCAGGAGAAGGCAAAGGGGAGUUUGUGUACUGAGUGCUAGUGGAACAGUUACUAACGUAACCCUUAGGCAACCUUCCGCACCUGGUGCAGUCAUGGCUUUACAUGGCCGCUUUGAGAUUCUCUCUCUCACCGGAGCUUUCCUCCCCGGUCCAGCCCCUCCCGGGGCUACCGGACUAACUAUAUACCUAGCUGGAGGCCAAGGCCAAGUGGUUGGGGGAAGUGUGGUUGGAUCACUAGUGGCCUCAGGACCAGUGAUGGUGAUUGCUUCAACAUUUUCGAAUGCUACUUAUGAGAGGCUGCCUAUUGAGGAAGAUGAAGAAGGCGGUGGUGCAGCUCAGGGACAACUUGGUGGGAACGGAUCACCGCCGUUGGGGAGUGGUGGGGCGCCGCAGCAAGGUGGUUUGGGUGAUCCGUCCUCUAUGCCUGUGUAUAGUUUGCCACCAAACCUGAUGCCUAAUGGUGGACAGCUGAACCAUGAAGCAUUUGCUUGGGCUCAUGGCCGCCCUCCUUACUAAUUGAGGUAAAUGAAUAAAUAAUACUAGCAGCUUCAUAAAGUUUGAAGGGAGAGGGAUAGAAUUAAGUUUCUUCACUUGUGAUGUAUUGUAGAAUGAAGAGACAUAAAAAAGACUUAAGAUUAUAAAGGUUUAUAUGUACAUGUAUAUUUCCUCGAGUUUGCUUCAACUCCACUUUGUAAUUCAUUAGGUCUAGUCUUCUUAAUCCUGCUUUAAUUUUAGAGCUGAUUUUUCGUCUUCUUAGUC